GUCUGCUUUUAAUUACUCGGCAGAAAUGUCCUUCACUAUGGAGGAUAAUUUAGAGUCGGGGUGGGUAGCAGUCCGCCCCAACGCGUUUGAGGAAAAGGAGAAGCACAAAUUUGUUUUCAUCGUCGCCUGGAAUGAGGUGGAGGGGAAAUUUGCCAUUACGUGUCACGAUAGGACGGUUCAGAGGAGAAGCUUCGGCAGGGAUCCUCUGGCGGAACUGGCCAGCCUGGAUGGGAACAAAACAAGAUGGCCUGAAAGUCCCACCAGGGAUCAAGUGUCUCGGAGUCCAAGUAAAGGAUGCAACCCUAAAACCAAGUCCGUCACAGCGACUAAACCGAGUCCAGUCAAGAUUCAGACGGAUGCAGAGAUGCUGGGAGAGGACGAGCUGCCCCCUUCAUUGGACUCUCUGGAGCUGCAGGAGCUGGACAGCCUGAGCAGAGAGGACUGCAGCUGGGCAGGACUCUUCUCCUUCCAGGACCUGCGGGCGAUCCACCUGCAGCUCUGCUCCGUGAACUCCGUCCUGGAGCCCUGCCUGCCGGAGUUUCCGGAGGAGCCAGCCGGGAUGUGGACGGUCCUGUUCGGCCCGCCGGGGGUGUCCGAGACCAAAAUGGACGAGCUGUGCCACGGCUUACAGGUGUACCUCGGCCACGCGCUCGAUACGUGCGGGUGGAAGAUCCUGUCGCAGGUUCUGUUCACGGAGAACGACGACCCAGAUGAGUACUAUGAGAGUCUGAGUGAGCUGAGGCAAUCCGGAUAUGAAGAGGCUGUCAACCGGGCAACGAAACAUCUGCAAGAGCUGCUUGAGAAGCACAAAUCCAUGGACAGCAUGGUGGAGCUGCUGGAGUUAUACGAGGAAGAAGACCAGGCCUACGGAGGUCUGCUGGACGCUUCCACACAGCUGUACCAGUACCUGCUGCAGCCCUUCAGGGACAUGAGGGAACUAGCAAUGCUACGCAGACAGCAGAUAAAGAUUUCCAUGGACAAUGACUAUUUGGGUCCCAGGCGGAUUGAGGCACUAAAGAAGGAGGACACUGACUGGCAGAAGAAAGCUCAAGAGGCAGUCCUCAACAUCCAGGAGUUCACUGUAAAAUACUUUGAGAUCACUGCCAGAGCCCAGAAAGGAGUUUAUGAGAGAAUGAAGGUGGAUCAGCGGAAAUUUGGGAAAUCCUCUUGGACGGCGGCAGUGGAGCGCAUGGAGAGGCUGCGCUACUCUGUGGCCAAGGAAACCCUGCAGCUUCAGAGAGCCCGGGAGAUCUGUCUGGAGCAGAGGAAGCACACACUUCGAGAGGAGAUGCAGAGCCUGUGUAGCAGUGAGGAUGCGAUGGCCCUCUUGGACCACAUGGAGACACGGUACUAUGAGCUUCAGCUCCAGCUGUAUGACAUUCAGGCUGAGAUACUGCAGUGUGAGGAGCUGCUGCUCACUGCACAACUAGACAGCAUUCGCAGACAGAUGGCAGAGCGUCAGGAUGAGGUUAUCUAUUAUGACACCUUUGAAAGUGCAGACGAUAUAACGCAGAAUGAUACUGGAGAGAAAGAAGAGCUGCGCAGACUUCAGGUCAGCGCUCGACAGCUGGAAGCCAGAAGGGGGCGCAUCACUACCAAGCGCUCCUAUCUGCGCAACAAAAGGGAAAUCUGUGUAUCCAACCACACCCAGAAACAGCAGAGACGCCACACCAUCCUGAAGGACACAUUCUCCCACCCUGUCUUACAGCUUGGAAACGAGGAGGAGGAAGAUGAGGAGCUGAAGAACAGCAGAGUAAGUCAGGAGAGGCAACGGACUCUGGACAGACUGCGCUCCUUCAAACAGCGGUACCCGGGCCAGGUGAUUCUGAAGUCUACUCGUCUCCGAGCGUCCCACAGCAGACGAAGGGAGCGAGGCAGAGCCACCGAGCUGAGCAGCAUUAGCGGGAGGGACGAGUGCGUGGACUCGGUCAGCGUCCAGACUCAGGACCAGCCGCUGUGCCUGAGCACCGGCGUGCAGACGGACCCCAGCGCCACCCUCACCACUCAGCCCGUUGCGACUCUGACGGCGCCCGUUCCUCCUCUGCCCGUCACCAGCCCCGCAGAUUCCUCCUGCUCCCCCUGCUCCCUCUCCUCUCUACUGGCGUCCCCCAUCUCCCCUCCUCCACCGCCGCCCCCGCCGCCUCCACCACCAACGAAGGAGGAGUUCUCUCCAUCCAGCAGCAUGGGUCAAUAUCGCCAAAUCGCUGAAGGGAGGAGCGUGGAGGAGGAGCUCAUGCUGUCACCACUCGGUCCGUUCAUCCCUCGCUUUUUUGACAGCAGCCAGCUGGUGAGCGCACGCAAGAACCUGAGGAAGACUCCAGAGUUUGACUCCCACAACAGAAGAGUGAGCUCACCUAUGGACGAAGUGCUUGCAUCACUAAAGAGAGGAAGCUUCCACCUGAAGAAGGUCGACCAGCGCUCUCUGCCUCCUGUCAAGGGCGACGAUGACCCCAAUAGCAUCCUGGCUCAGAUACGCAAGGGGGUCAAACUCAGACGCGUCCCCUCGAAGGACAGAAAAGACCAGGGAGAGCUCCCUGCAUCCACCGAUCCGCUGACCAGGAGCAUCCAUGAGGCGCUGCGCCGCAUCAAGGAGGCGUCGCCAGAGUCUGACUCAGACGAUGACGGACUGACGGCCCCUGAUUGGGAAAACUAGGGUUCAGAUAAGGCGACCACAGAAAACUGCACACAGACAACACUCGGACUGUUCUGCAUUGUAGAGUUCAGCGGCGUACUGUAAACACACACGUUCACUCAUCACCUGGUGAUUAAGCCAACGCCAGGGUCACAGACCUUGUCACCAUAUGCUCCAGAGGCCUACGAUCAGCUUUACUUUGGAUUUUUACACAACAUUCACCAUCAUGACGGAGCGAUGGUCUUGUUUUUAUGGUUUUUACCUGUCUAAUCACUCUGAACGGUUGCCAUGUUUAUUUUUUCAUGUUUCUAUCACUUGUACUGUCAGAGGUCUGCACUUAACACUGGUCACCAACCCACUGAACUGACUGCUGGCGGACUGACAUGCUUUGUAUGGGAAGUUCACAGAACUGAGAGGGCUUUCAUUGCUGUGUUCAUCCAGGGAGCUUCAUGAACGACAGUGAGUGCAGGAAAAAAUAUGUUAGGAGUGCGCAGGGUAAUCUGGGGGCUUUGUAGGAGAUUUAAAAAAUGAAUACAUGAUUAGACAAAGACUCAGACUGGGAUUACUGGAUUUACUGUCCAGAUUGGAAACCAUUACACCAUCAAACAUCACUCUCUUUUUUUGUUUUUGGACACUCUAAAAACUGCUGGGUGAAAAUCAUCUUAUUUUGCUAAACCGGUCCUGGGUUAUGGGUUAGUCGCAACAUACUGGGUUAGGAUUAAUAGGGCUAUGAAUGUUGCUACCAAAGAGCGGAUUGAAAAGAAUAAACAAUAAACUAGAUUAUUAAACAAUUUAAGUCUGAAUAAAAAGGACUUUGGCGGUUCUUCCACAACCGGCAAAUCUUGCAGGCUCAUGUCCGCGCUGGUGCCUGUCAACAAUAAAAAAACCAACCCCAUAAUGUCAAAGGACACUUGAUCGACAAUCAGUUCAGUUUGGAUAACCAAAUCUAUACUCAGUACAUAAAAUGUUUCCUUUGUAUUAUAUCUACCAUAUUAUAUCCCCUGCUAAAUACUCAGGAAUACAGUUUAUCUCAAGUAAACAAGCUCUCUGGUGUAACGUUUUACUGAUUAAGGCCUAACAAAUAGUUGGUGUCAAGGAUCUCUUCCACUGUUACUUUCUGGCUUAAAAGCUAAAACUGCUUCCCUAUGUGAGUGGAAGUUAUCAACACAACCCACUGACAUUAACAUUAUUAUACAGCAUAAAUCAUGCAUUCACCAUCUUGCCAUUUCUUACUUUAUUCUGCGGAAGAGACUCAGGGACGUUUGUUCAGGUCGUACAAGAAAUACAGUGAGGCUCCUUCUAAUCUCUUCUCUAACCAAGCGGACUGGGUCACAUGUUUGGUUAAAAACUAUCCAGAUUCCAUCCCAACAGCACAAACUCAUCAUCCGGGGUAUAUCAGCAACCGCUUCGGCUGAGCCUCGUUCUCUGCUGUGGGAAUGUCAGGCUAUUCAACUACUGCUGCUGCUUUCAUAAUUAAAAUGCUUUUGUUGGCGACAUCAGAUUUUCCUCUAGUAUUCCUCUCUGGACUCCUCACCAGUGAGUUUUACUGUUCCCGGUCUCGGAUCUGAGGCUGUUAACUUUAAGAAGAAGACGACUGAAGGUGCUGGUUAUAGCUGAAGAUGACGAGGGUCCUGAUUAGUGGAUGUGCUCUCUGUGUUGAGAAGUGAACAUUUCUGCUGGUGAUUCCCAAACUGUGUGUGGGAUUGUAGAAGCUGAUCUAGUUACACGACUUCCAGUGACGGAUGUUCAGUGGGAGGCCAGAUUGCCCCACUGUGGGCUCAUGAUUUAUGCUCUUCCUCCUGCUUUCUUAUUCAUUUACUCUCUGCUCCUUCAUCACAUCUUCUCUUCCCUCUCACUUUGUAGGCAGUAGCACAAAGACAGGGGGUUAUUACUCUUAGACGUGAGAAUAUACACACAGACAUCUAUUUCACAGCCAAUAUGUGUAAAGAUAUUUCAGCAGCGACUUGAGGUAUACGUUUCUCAGAGACAGUUUCAACCCUUUUAUGUCCGAUAAAAGUUUUCUGGUUUAAAUAAACGCUGAGGCAUAUAUCGCAUCUUUAGUAGUUUAAAAACACCAAGCAGCUUUAAUCAGACCCCAAUAUGUGCAACAUGAUCACUCAGACGCCGAGCAGCACAAUAAGACUCACAAAUGUGAAUUCACAAACGGAAGCUCAAACACUGAAAUAACUCCAUUUCGCACUGUGUUGAACAGCUGUGAUGCAACGUAUUGUACUUUCUCUUUUAAAAUUUAUUCAUUAAUAAAUUCAGAUAAUAGUAAAAAAAAAAGUAGCCCAAGUUAUUCAGGACUUUUCUGGAUACGUUGCCAGUGUGUUGAGUCCAUUUUUUUUUAUUUAUCACUGUUAUUUUUAUUUAUUCCAGCUUAAUUGUUGAGGCUUGAAAUCUUUUGAGACGCCAAUACUGUCUCCAAAGUGUUGCCACUUUGGAGACAGUAUUGGCUGUUCACUACACCAUUAAUAAAAUUGGUGUAGUGUACAGCCCUGUCUCUGGACAUUAGUCAUCCCAGCCCUGAAUGAGUGAAGCUGUUCUAGCCCUUCAUCUGGAGGGUCCUUCACUAAGAUACUUUGUUUUUCCAUCAGUCUCUCACCUGUGGAGCCAUGUUACAUAUGGCACCAUCUGUUCCUGUUACUUUCCUGGCAAAGCAAACUUGAAGAACUGCUGCAUCUCUGUUUUAGCUGUGAAUACUAUGUUCUUCCACCCUUAUCAUGUAGCAUGAGACAAAGCUCUAAUCCCUGUCCUGAAUCUUUAUCCUUAGCUUCAGUUAAAUCUUACCAAGCUUAAUAAUGGCAGCAUAUAUUUUCCCCAUGUGAGUGUUAAUGUUUAGGUUGCUCUUUAGCUGUGGAGAAAGUUGCCCCAGAAGGCGUCAGCGUCCCUAACUUGCCUCAACUAAUGUUCCUGUCACUUACCUUCACCCGUAACUAACCUUAAAACUGCUUCUUUAUCAGCAGACUGUUUUUUCUUUUGCUGAAAUUGUUUCCAGCCAAAUUGUUUCGUGAUUGCUUUUCUUACGAAUAUUUUCUGUAAGCACCUGUUAUCCAUGCAGGCUGCGUAUGAUCCUUUGUUGUUCCUUUGAGACGAUGUGCAAUAUAACAAUAUGGAAGAAAAAAAGGGAUAAAAAAAAAAUUUGUACGGUUGAUAAUUAGAUUGAUUGUCUUAAACAAUGACUUAGUAAAUCUCUCGGUUGCUUUUACACCUUGUGAAGUGUUCACAAAUUGAUCCAAAUGUACCUUUUUGCCUUUUUUUUUGUUGUGUCAUUUUUAUGUUUUCAAGUCUUUUUUAUUCUUAUUUCACAUCUUCACCCUUGCAUUGGAAUAAAUCCUUGUAAAGAAGCAGA